GGGGAGCCACUCGGAAAUGCCCCCCUUCUUUCUUCCAGGAAGGGACUGAGCAAAGAGAGUCCUUUGAGGAGGUGGCUGUGUGUUUCAUCCGGUGAGAGUUGGCGCUGCCGCACGCAAGCCAGGGGCGUCUGUACAAUGGUGUCAUGAUGGAGAAUUUCAGGCACAAGGCCUGUCAUGCUGAGGACGUGCAGCAGAAAACAAAUGAAAAAGUACGUCAAGUGUCUGAUGAAAGCAAUCAAUCGCUAGAUGUGGAUGAGAACGCUGGGAAUCAAGACAGGAUGAACAAGCUGGACGAAAACCAAAAGAAUGAAGAGAGGAAACAUUAUCUAGAUGGUGACCCCCAUGCAAUUAUGGUACAGUCCAAAACACCUGAAGAAAAGAGAACCCAAAAAUGCCCUGUGGGUGGAAGAACAAUUGCUAAUAAAUCAACCCUUGAUGAUUAUUGGGCAAGCAACAGUGCAGACAAACGAUAUAAAUGCCUUGAGUGUGGAAGGAGUUUCAGGCAGAGUAGAGUACUUAUCUCCCAUCAAAGAACGCACACAGGGGAGAAACCAUUUACCUGUCUGGAGUGUGGGAAAGGAUUUAGUCAGAGGGGAGCACUAACUAUUCAUCAAAGAAUUCACUCGGGGGAGAAACCAUUUAAAUGCCUGGAAUGUGGAAGGAGUUUCUCCCAGAGUGGUGCCCUUCAAGUUCAUCAGAGGACUCACACAGGAGAAAAACCAUUUAAAUGCUUGGAGUGUGGAAAGAACUUCAGGCAGGCUUCAAUCCUUAAUUCCCAUCAAAAAACUCACACAGAUGAGAAACCUUAUAAAUGCCUUGAGUGUGGAAAGAGCUUUAGUCAGGGCUCCCUCCUUAAUUCUCAUCAAAGAACGCACACAGAUGAGAAACCAUAUAAGUGUCUACAGUGUGGAAUGAGCUUCAGACAGAACUCAACUCUUAUUUCCCAUCAAAGAAUUCACACAGGAGAGAAACCAUAUCAGUGCCUGGAGUGUGGAAAGAGCUUCAGCCGGAAGUAUGACCUUACUUCGCAUCAGAGAAUUCACACAGGAGAGAAACCAUUUGAAUGUUUGCAGUGUGGAAAGAGCUUCCGUCUCAAGCCAAGCCUUACUAGUCAUCAGAGGAUUCAUGCAGAAGAGAACCCAUUUAAGUGCUUGGAGUGUGGAGAGAGCUUUAGACAAAAAUAUGCCCUUGUUUCACAUCAGAUAAUUCACACCGGACAGAAACCUUUUGAAUGUUUGCAGUGUGGAAAAAGCUUUAUUCACAAGCAGAGCUUUACUAGUCAUCAGAGAAUUCACACGGGAGAAAACCCAUUUAAAUGCUUGGAGUGUGGAAAGAGGUUCAGGCGGAAGGAUAGCCUAAUUUCACAUCAGAGAAAUCACACAGGAGAGAAACCAUUUGAAUGUUUGCAGUGUGGAAAGAGCUUCAAUCGCAGGCAUAGCCUUACUAGUCAUGAGAGAACUCACACAGGAGAGAAACCAUUUACAUGCUUGCAGUGUGGAAAGAGCUUCAGGCAGAGCUGUGCCCUGAGAGCGCAUGAAAUAAUUCACAUUGGGGAAAAACUAUAUAAAUGCCUGGAGUGUGGGAAGAGCUUUAGGAGAAAGUAUGCUCUUAAAUCCCAUCAAACGACUCACACAGGAGAGAAACCAUAUCAGUGCUUGGAGUGUGGGAAGAGAUUCUGCCAGAGUAGUGCCCUUAAUUGCCAUCAAAGAAUUCACACAGGGGAGAAACCAUAUCAGUGCUUGGAGUGUGGGAAGAGCUUCAGUCUGAAACCAUCUCUUAUAUUACAUCAAACCACUCACACAGGGGAGAAACCAUUUAAAUGCUUGGAGUGCGGAAAGAGCUUCAGUCGGAAGGCCUACCUUACUUUACAUCAAGUAACACACACAGGGGAGAAACCCUACAAAUGCUUUGAGUGUGGGAAGAGCUUCAGGCUGAGACAGACUCUUACAUUACAUCAAAGAACUCACACAGCGGAGAAACCAUUUAAAUGCUUGGUGUGUGGAAAGCGUUUCAGUCGGCGGGCGUAUGUUUCUUUACAUCAAAGAAUUCACACAGGAGAGAAGCCAUUUAAAUGCUUGGAGUGUGGAAAGGGGUUCAAUCGAAGGGAAUAUCUUAUUUCACAUCAAAGAACUCACAGGGAGACCUCUUCGGAAGAGGAUUCUGAUGCAUCGGAACAGCCCUCUCCUACUGUAGAUCUGGGGCAAUCUGAGGGAAUCUCCGAGAGCAGCACCCCAUUUGAGGUUCCCAGCAAACCUUUCAACCCUGUCCUGAGCACAGCUGUGAUUCCAGACUCUCCUACCACCCACGGCUCACCAGAUCCCCAGUGGCAAUGUAUCAGGUGGGACGCUCAGAGCCACGGUGGGAGUACUCACCUGACUCCCCGAACGCCCUUUCGCCCAUUGAAUACUCAUGAAGAAAGGUCUACUCAGGGACAAGGGUCUACCCUGGAGGGGGAAGGCCCAGCAGUGACUAUGAAUGAGGCAAACUCAGGCCAUGGCUAGACCAGGCCUAUAUCCUGGGAUUGUCACGGGAACAUCCCUGUGCAUCCAAAUGACACACAGGGGAUCCCAGGAGCAGGCAGGGACGACCGCUCCAUUUGCCUGGAAUAAUCCUUAAAUCUAGCUAAGGCCUCGGAUACAACUGCUUAAUCUGGGUCAGUUCCCAGUCUUCACACCUUUCCUUAGUUAACAGCUCUAUAGAGCGGUCUGACUCUUAAUUGUAGGCUGAAGACAGGCGAAACCACUUAAAUGUCUGGAGUGUAAAAGGAGCUUUAGGCAGAGCGCAUGUCUUACUUUACCUUAAAGAAGCGUCACAGUACUAUGGGAUUUAAAUGGUUCGGCUUUCAUGCCACGGGGUGAUUGCAUCACAUCAGAUAAUGUAUGUGAGGGGGAAUCAGCCGAAUUGCUCCUCACGUUGUGAAGGCUGUUUUCUUAAACUAGCCCUUAACAAAUAUUAGAGCAUUCCCUUUGGGGAAAUGCCAAAGAAUGUUCUGGUUCUAGUAAGAUCAUAUGGAAAGGAGAACAGAGCUCCUGUAUCUUUAACAGUUGUAUAGGAAAGGGAAUUUCAGCAGGUGCCAUUUGUAUGUAUGCAGCACUUGGUGAAAUUCCCUCUUCAUCACAACCAUUAAAACUGCAGGCACUAUACUAGAGUGACCAGAUGCAAACGAGGGCAGGGCUCCUGCAGCUUUAACUGUUGUGAUGAAGUGGGAAAUUCACCAGAGCCCUGUCCUCUUUUCCAUAUGGCCACCCUAAACUUUUAAUCUUAAUUCUUAGUCGUUAAAUCAAGCCUGAGUAUUAAAUGCUGUCCUAUGGAUAAUUUUAUGUGACAUUUCAAAAUGUAUUUUAUUUUUGAUCUCUUUUAAUAUGGUGUAGAUCUGUGUUUACUUUUAUGUAGAAUUUUAAAUGUAUUUUACUAUGUU